GAUGAGAUAUAAGAUGGUAGGUCUUGGAUUUUGGUGCCAAAUUCUUUCCUCCUCUUGGCUAACUAGCGUUUUGACAUUUUAGCUGAUGUCAGUUCGGGAUAAAAUCUCUAAGUUUAGUUCGUGACCCUCGCCAUUAACUGUCAAUCAAAAUAGCCGUCAUUUAGUCCUUAUUAAUAGGUGGACAUUCUCAUGAUCACUUUAACGUCUCUCAAAGGUCUUCCAUAAAUUAUAGUCUCCGAUUAAUCGAACACCUGAAAGUUUAGAUCGGUAGCACUAAGAAGUUCUGUAAUAGCCACAAUUUGAUGUCUAAGUCAGUCAUGUGAUGACUUGUCUGUAGCUCUUUACGAGGAUAGAAGCAGAUCCUAGGUUAGUUGACUGGGUAAAUUUUUUUGGUAAGAUAUGACAAUUCAGGUAUCCUAUCACGCUUCAAUUAGUAUACUAUCGUAGUAAAUUCACAGUUCUCAACGACUAGUUUUUAGGUUUAAAGCCUAAUUUCCUUUAGGUUACCUAGUAUCAUCAUUAACCACACUAGUUGUGGUUUUACCUUUUUUCGAGUUCCUAAACAUCACUGAACUUAUUUCAGUCCAAAAACCAUUGUUUAUAAUAGAUAUUAUUCUUGUCCAUUUAUUGAUUAUCCAGCCUUUUUUUUUCUGUUUCCAUAUCGUCCUUUCAACUUGUGUAACCUUCUCGGUGCUAUAUUGUACAAAAAUGUUUCAGUACAAUUGAAAACAGUUUAGUUGUCACUUAAAACGUACAAUUUCAUAUGAGUUGUUUGCAUAUAGUAUUUAGGAUUCUUCUGGCCGGACUAACUUAUAUGUUUUGGUUGACUUGCUUAUACACUAUCACUAAUCAUCUGUUCAUUAACUAAUCUAGCUAACACCAAAUCUGUUUCUUUCAAACUAUGUGACUUCCCUUUUUUGUUAAAAUUUAAUACAGAGACGUUUUGCAACCCUCAAGUGGUUCAAAGCUGCCAACCAAAAAUCAUAUCCAAUUAUGGUAGAACCACCUCUCCGUCGAAAACGUGCGUUAUCGUUCGCUGGAUACUCCGAGCUCCCCAAAAUUUCCAACAAUGUUAAUUUUGGGCAGUUACCUACUGCCUUCCGAAUUCGCCAUCCAUCGUCCGUUUAUCCUGAUGGUGGUCCAGCUCUUAAUCAAGUUUUCGGGGGUUUUUCACAGAAGUUAAACAAUGAAGAAAUUGGAUUUUCAGCGUCUAAGGAUUUAUCAGAUAUCAAAGAUUUUGGAAUAAGUGGUUGUGAUUUACGCUCAAGAAAGUCUUCAGUCGCUACAGUUGUAGACCAUCCACUACAUAGUUGUAUAUCGACUCCCGAAAUUUACCCCAAAGUACCAAGUUCCUGUUCUGGUUCAGUAGCCAAACUGUCUCAGCCACUUAAUUUAUCAUCCUUUAACUGUUCAGAUUAUGUUCUUCCUGAUAGUCUAUUAUCUUCGAAUCUUGUUAAACUCUACCUUGCCAAGGUUGCUACAUCAAAGCCUGCUGAAUAUACAUGCUCAAAUAAUUCCUCUCGAUCGAAAUCUCCACAGACUUUUACACAGGAUGGUCAUCGCUUACCAGAAUGUUUACAAAUUCACCCACUCACUCUGGCUUCUAUGGUUAUGCCAGUAAACCAGAUAAUUCGAGCACAUGCUAGCCAGAAUAAAUCUGAAAUGAAAAAAUCGGACGAACUUGCAAAUUCAUUGAACGUUUAUUUGAAUGGUCGAAAUGCCGUAACGGAUGCAAGCUAUUCUAGUGAAUUCAGUGAUGGUGAAUCGUGGGGACGUCCACCUGUCUGUGAUCAUACUAACACUGGAUAUCUUUCAGAUAACCACCUUAUAGAAGCUGUUUCUGAAGCAAAAAUGCUCAACAUGAGUAAACAACAACUAGAUAUGCGCCUAAGUAUCCGACCUGGUUCUAAGAUUAUCUCCUCUAGUCGCACACAAACAAAUUCAAGGGAGAAUUUAAAUCGUAAUCACUUAACACCGAAAUUUGAAUUCACUCACGUUUAUGAUGGCCUAAAAACAUCAUCAAAUGCAUUUCCAAAUGCAAAUAAAUCAUUUUCUAAUUUUCUGCAUAAUUCUAAUUUAAAUUUAAACUUCACUGACGAUGAUUUCAGUGAUGUAAAAUCAUCUGUUUGUUAUUCAGUUCCUGGUUCACCCAAUAUUAAUUCAAAAUAUUCUCACUUAAUAAGACAGAGUAACUCAAGUGAAUUCAACGACGCUUCUCAUCAUAUAACUAAUAAUCCAACCGCCAUCAAUAAUAAUAAUAAUAAUAGAAAUAUUCGAACAAAGCGAUUUGAACGUUUGCGUGAUUUUUUGGGCACUUUUAAAAAUGAUAAUCUUUCUAAUACAGAUGAAGAUGAUCAUUACUUUUACAUGGAUCCGAAAUCUGUAGAACGUAGAAUGAAAUGUCAAGCAUCAAAUAUAAUUCUACCAGUAUCUUUUUGAUUCACUUUUUUUUAAUUUUGAAAGUUUCCUCUUGUUAUUACUUCGUAUUUUCACUAAAUCAUCCGUCACUAUUACAAUCCUUUUUCUAAUUGUAUUUGCAAUGUAUUUACCUUCGCCUUAUUUUAGAGAAUAUAUAUAAGUGCUGAGUUAUUUAGUGUAUCAUUCUUUAGUUUGUAGAUAGAUGGAAGUCAUAAACAUCAGCUUCUUGUACUUAUUCGCUACUUCACCUAAUAUUCUAUGUAUCAACUUAAUUGUUUUCUUAUCAUUUCUUUCAUCACCAUUGUAUUUACUAUCAUUAUUUUCAGAGCCCAUUUCAAUAUUGUUUUCCAUUUUAUUUUAUUUUUGUUUGCGUUUAUCAUUGAUAUUAGUAACUGGGAAGUUUAUAUUUUAAGUUGCUUCUUUUGGUUCUUAUUCUAAUCGUUAUUGCCAUUGUUUACUUUUCGGUUGACGUUUAUGGACAUAUACCGUACACUUCAUUACACCACUGAUAUAUUUCAAAAUAUCAGUUUUACUACCGAUUAGUCUAGCUAUUUAAAAUGCUAGUAACGUGAAUAAAAUGUCAUUAGUAUGUUUAAACUGAUAUCCAACUCUUGGUUCGUCUUCAUGUUGUUGUUUUUUUCUGAAAUGAACCUAUCCCACUGAAUUAUGGCAAAGAUUUACAGCAUAUAUUUAACUAAAGAAGAAGAAUUUGAAGUAAAUUCAACGUUUCACUUGGCAAUCUGGUUCAAGCUAUUUCAAGGAAAAAUUAAUUAAAAAUCACUGCAUGAUAAACAAUUAUGUAUAUUACAUUGAAUACAUUAUUUUCUUUCUCUUCAAUAAUACUAUUCAUUGUUUUCUAUCACCAAACAUAAUUUUUUUU